UUUGGGCGCUGCACCGGCGGGCGGCCCGUGCUCCCUCGGCGGCUCCGGCAUCCAGGACGGCGCGGGAGGGACGAUGAACUUGGAGCGGCUCAGGAAGCGAGUGCGCCACUACAUCGACCAGCAACAGUAUCAAAGUGCCCUGUUUUGGGCUGACAAAGUAGCUUCACUCUCUCAUGAGGAGCCACAAGAUAUCUAUUGGUUGGCCCAAUGUCUUUACCUAACAGCUCAGUAUCAUAGGGCAGCACAUGCCCUUCGAUCACGUAAGUUGGAUAAGUUGUAUGAGGCUUGUCGCUACCUUGCAGCUAGAUGUCAUUAUGCUGCAAAAGAGCAUCAACAGGCCUUGGAUAUUCUUGAUAUGGAGGAGCCAAUCAACAAACGACUUUUUGAAAAGUACUUGAAGGAUGAAAGCGGGUUAAAAGAUUCUGCUACAGACUGGGAGAUGUCACAGUCCUCUAUYAAAAGCUCUAUAUGCCUUUUGCGAGGGAAGAUCUAUGAUGCUUUGGAUAAUAGAACCCUGGCAACUUACAGCUACAAAGAGGCCUUGAAGCUUGAUGUUUACUGCUUUGAAGCAUUUGAUCUUUUAACAUCGCACCAUAUGCUGACAGCGCAAGAAGAAAAAGAACUUCUUGAAUCUCUACCUCUUAAUAGACAAUGUACAGAAGAAGAACAGGAAUUGCUUCACUUUUUAUUUGAAAAUAAAUUGAAAAAGUAUAAUAAACCCAGUGAAACACUGAUWCCUGAAUCAGUAGAUGGUCUUCAGGAAAACCUGGAUGUAGUAGURUCCUUAGCUGAAAGACAUUAUUACAACUGUGACUUCAAAAUGUGUUACAAGCUUACUUCAGUAGUGAUGGAAAAAGAUCCCUUCCAUGCAAAUUGUUUACCUGUACAUAUAGGGACACUUGUGGAGCUUAACAAAGCAAAUGAGCUUUUCUAUCUUUCCCACAAGUUGGUGGACUUGUACCCAAAUAAUCCUGUGUCAUGGUUUGCAGUUGGAUGCUAUUAUCUUAUGGUUGGCCACAAAAAUGAACAUGCUAGAAGAUAUCUCAGCAAAGCUACUACACUGGAGCGAACCUAUGGACCUGCAUGGAUAGCAUACGGACAUUCAUUUGCAGUGGAGAGUGAGCAUGACCAAGCAAUGGCUGCCUACUUCACAGCUGCACAGCUCAUGAAAGGGUGUCAUUUGCCGAUGCUCUACAUUGGCCUGGAGUAUGGUUUAACCAACAACUCCAAGCUGGCUGAACGGUUUUUCAGUCAAGCUUUAAGCAUUGCACCUGAAGAUCCUUUUGUUAUGCAUGAAGUUGGAGUGGUAGCAUUUCAAAAUGGAGACUGGAAAACUGCAGAAAAGUGGUUCCUUGAUGCACUGGAAAAAAUCAAAGCUAUUGGAAAUGAGGUAACAGUUGAUAAGUGGGAGCCUUUAUUGAACAACUUAGGACAUGUCUGCAGAAAACUCAAGAAGUAUGAAGAAGCACUGGAAUACCAUCGCCAGGCUCUAGUAUUAAUCCCUCAGAAUGCUUCUACRUACUCUGCCAUUGGCUACAUCCACAGCCUCAUGGGCAACUUYGAAAGUGCCAUUGACUAUUUUCACACGGCCCUUGGUCUCAGGCGGGAUGACACAUUUUCAGUCACAAUGCUUGGACACUGCAUAGAAAUGUACAUUGGUGAUUCUGAAGCCUAUAUCGGAACAGAGAUCAAAGACAAAUUAAGAUGUUAUGACUUUGAUGUACACACAGUGAAGACAUUAAAGAACAUAAUUUCACCUCCCUGGGAUUUCAGAGAAUUCGACAUAGAAAGACAAACUGUGGAUGAAAGUGGCAUAGUAACAUUAGAGACAUCAAAUCAAAGGAAAAGUACAGAUACCAGUCGCCCACUGGAAGAAACAUUUGAGAUUGAAAUGAAUGAAAGUGAUAUGAUGUUAGAAACAUCAAUGUCAGACCAUAGUACGUGACUAUAAAUACUGGUAGAGAGCUCCUUUUGUCUAAGUGUAGUGUGUUUGUUUUAGCAUUUUUGUUAUGGUGUUGUACUUUCAUGAAUUUGCUAUUUUUUAUAUUAAUUCAAACUACUACUAUGUACUUAACACCAGGAGUUUUAUAGUUCCUACUUUAUAAAURCUCAUUUCUUAAUAGCACUCUCAUGAAUCCCCAUCUGGAUCAAGAAGACUUCAUUACAUUGAUGCAGGCCAUAUACAUAGUUUGAAUCUUGUGCAUUACUGAACAUGGAUUCAAGUUUUAGACACAACAGYACUUUGAAAUUCAAGGGUAUCGAGGGAGGAAAACCUCGGGGAGGAGUCUGUAUUAUAUGAGCAAUUGCACACGCUCUCACUGUGGAAAUCUGUUGGGUCCAGGUGAUCCCAUUGCUUUGCUAUUAUCACUAGCACAGUAGUGUAGAGAAUUUUGGUUCUGUCCCAGUGACAGUGGGAAUUCUGCUGUGGCUCCACAGAGGGAAUUGGAGAUGCCCAAGUUUCCCUUCCAUAUGGCUGAAAAUAUUUGGAUUGAAGUUUGCAUUGAGUGCAGAAUUCAAUUCCAAUCCCAUAUAUUCCUAAACAURAGAAAGUAAGGUGAACAGGUUUUACUUCCUAGUUCUAAAACAAUUCAUCCAAAGUUACAUAUUCUCCUGAAAAACAUGGCAUCAGCCAUGAGUCUUAAGUGGGAAAGCAGCCAAGGGAAAAAUUAAAUCAUUUAGGAAAUUUAUGCAUCUCCUGGCCAGAGUCAGGUGUCUCUUCUUCAGUGUGRCUGGCAAAAAAGUUCAUACAGAGUUUCUUUUCUUUUGGAACCUGGUAGUUCGUGUGUGGUGYGGGUGACCUGGGGAUUUUUCUUGGACACUCUGGAAGAAUUUAUAACGAGUGUGUCUCAACAGCUGCUCUGCUAGGCAGGUCUCUUCCUUUAAAGGAUCUUUUGACAGUUACUUUUACAUCUGUGCUUAUGUCUCCUGAAUGAUUGUAACCAAGCCUAUCUCAUGGAUCACAUGACAGCAAAGGCUUAUUGCUGCACACAGAGUAGCCAGUGCAAGAUAGUGCAAAUAGAUUCCCAAAGAUUUUCAAGGAGCCAAACUCCUUUAUCUCUAUAAUGCCAUUAUUUUUAAUCCAGCAUACAUAAAUCUAGUUUUCUAGUAAGACAUCCUGGCAAUUUCUAAAUGGAAGGUGGCAAAGCAGUCUUCUAGAGAAACAGGCCUUUUGACUACAGUCAGACAUGGAUAUAAAUCUUGCAUUGUUUUKCUAUGUUACUAAUAUUUUUCACUGGCAGAAUGGUUUUAAAUACUGCUAGAAGUUCAUCUUGCUUCCUGCACUCCCCAGUUUCAAUCUGAUGGUGUGUCGGGUGUAAUGGCAACACUGAUUUAUGUUAUUCCUGCCUGUAGGAAUCUACUGUGCUACUUCCUCAGUUGUGGUAAUACAAAUCCUUGUGUGAUUACAUUGUGAAUGAAAUCGGGCACUGGAACAGCAUUUAAAAAUAAUUUCUAGAUCUGAUCAGUUCUCAGGUCCAAAGACAGCUGCUGCUAUGUCUCUUGUCAUCARUGGGGCAGAGUGGUUGGAAUGGGAGGAGACAGAUGGGAUAGCAAGAACGGGCACUGCUAUUAACAGCAGCAGAUCGUAACACUGCCUUGGCAGUGCCUUGCUGGAGGCUAGGAAUUUGUUACUGAGCCAUUGUUUAUUGGUAUUAAAAGUUACCUGGAAAGAAAUUUAUGCAAACCGUCCUAGAUUGUGAAGGACUUUUUUGGAUGUCAGAGCAAUUYGUGAUAU